CAAGUAAGGAUUUUUAUUCAUAACAUCCGAAUUAUGAUAUCCAAACUCCCCGUCGUACUCACAUCACUGAUUCUUCUCCUGAUGUUGGCCUCGUACGUAGCGACGGAUGAAUAUAGAUUCAGGGACCGUGGACACCAUGAUGGAAUUCAACACGUUUACAGUAGUAAUCCCGACGCUACCCAGACGUUGCUGCGAGACAAGAUACGACCCAAAUUGAAAAAGAUAUUGACGAGAGAGGUCAAGCGAGAUAAUCCAAUCAGAACAGAAGUUGCUAUUAAGCUUAACUUUCUGGCUAAAUUAUGUGUACAAUUCGACUGUUUUAGUGGUAAUGACAAAUACAGACAAUUACUGGUUGCCAAGGCUACGCGUUGAAGGCAAACCUGAAUCUGCCGCAUCGGAAAUGAAAAGACUCAAUGUUGUUUCAAUUUAUACAAACUUUGCCUAAAGUUGUAUCAUCUGCAAAAUUGUGUUUACAACCUUUGACAUUUCGAGUAAUAUAUGUUCUGUAAUGAAUAUAGCAGCUACGGUAUUCGCAAAAUAUCUGCAAUGCCG